AUGCAGUCAGAAACGUAUCACCGGAAUCUCAUCGGGGUACACGAGUGUCACCACGACAAAGGCAAGACGGAUCCACGACUUAUAGGUCGACAAAAGGCCGGAGAGAAAUAUCGCCGCGCAAAAUAUCGGUUUUGUGAUUGGCGAUUUUGCCUUGCGUCGAAUAAGUCGAAGAUACAUCGCUAUGAGGAGGUGCCUGACGGCGUGGCGUUUGACGCAACGUCGAAAGGGCGGGAAAACAUUGAGCGGCAUUUCGCGCCGAUAGAUCUGCGCCUGCGCAGUCCGCUAUAUCGUUCACGUUUGCGUCGCGUCGAUUCCCACCGAAAUAUAGCGAUUCCACGAUUUUCGUGCGAUUUUUUCGUCGAGAGCAAGUGUCAGAUACUGCGUAUAAAUUCGCGUCGGGAAUGUCGAAUGAGAUAUCAGGUGAUCUUUACAUUGCGUAAUUAUUAUCGUCGUGUCUUAAGUGCAACAAGUUUAUUUAUGACGAGUGGAUCGACCGGCUGGCGCCAAGAACUUUUCGCAAACUUUUCGUUCUAGGGCAUUCAGCAG